GGAAAGUACUUUUCUAAUUCUUGAGUUUGUAGUCGGACAGCGCAUUAUGUUAUAAUUUACUCAAUCAUUUAUAGAGUUGGCGAGGCCAGUUCCAUAAGAAAGAGGCAGAGGCAGAGAGAAGUGAGAAGAAGGCGAGGCAAUUAAAGCCAUGGCUGCUGCUCCUGCUUGUAACUGUAACAAGGGCUUCUCCACCAGCUAUAUGCUUCUGAAGCCGGAAGAAGUGAAGUUCUUUGAUCUGGGGCGCCUCCUGUUUUCUAGUAACCUCAAGAAGAGAAAAUUCGUGGACUCCAGCCACGCAAGAGAAUACAAUUUCUGGCGAAGAUUCUUCAUCUUCCUCUCCAUCAUCAUCCUCAAGCUUCUGCGCCUCGUCGCCACUCCGCUCGCUUACUUAGGCUUCUGCCUCGAGUUCUGCCUCAACUUUUUGUCUGCCAACCAAGGCUUUUCCGGCAUCCUCCUCAAUAUCUUACGCUUGAAAUUGAUAAUACCGGAGAGUUCAUCGGCGGAGUACUUGUCGUUGAUUGGUCAUUUGGACAGCAGAGUGACAUUGGACAAAAGCAUAAAGCGAGGCGAUGUCAACUACUUCGGAGCUCUCUGCAUGAUGGCUUCCAAAGUGGCGUACGAGAAUCAAGCUCACGUUAUUCAAACUGUCAACCAUGUCUGGAAGAUGGAGUUCUUGGGGUUUUUCAACUUUUGGAAUGAAUAUCAAGAAAAAUGCUCGACCCAAGCGUUCAUGAUGCGCGACAGAACAGUGGAUCACGACACCAUCAUCAUAUCCUUCAGAGGCACGGAGCCGUUCAACGCCGACGACUGGAGUUCCGACUUCGACAUCUCUUGGUACGAGCUCCAAGGCAUCGGAAAAAUCCACGGCGGAUUCAUGAAAGCCCUGGGCCUGCAGAAGAGCCUUGGCUGGCCCAAACAACUCCCGGCCCGCCACGGCCCAGCACGCCCUUUGGCCUACUACACCCUCCGAGAGAGGCUCACGGAGCUUCUCCAACAAAGUGAGCGGAGCAGAUUCGUGGUGACUGGCCACAGCCUGGGCGGCGCCCUGGCCAUCCUAUUUCCUGCGAUUCUGGCCUUCCACGGAGACAAACUGCUGCUCCAGAGAUUAGAGGGAGUGUACACUUUUGGACAGCCUCGCGUGGGGGACGCCAAAUUCGGAGAGUUCAUGGUCAGAUCACUGUGGCAGUACAAGAUUCGUUACUACAGAUUCGUUUAUGGGUUCGACAUGGUCCCUCGAUUACCGCUGGACGACAAGGCUUUGAUGUUCAAGCACUUCGGCCCAUGUAUCUAUUUCGACUGGAACUAUGUUGCGCAGGUUCUGGAAGAGGAGCCAUUCAAGAACUAUUUCUCGGUGGUGGGAGCGAUACUGAUGAGAAUACAAGCAUGCUUGGAGAUAGGGAGAAGCUUCACAAUUGCGUGGAGAAGGGGGAAGGAGUACGAGGAAAGAGUGUUUUUGAGAAUGGUGAGAUUAUUUGGGGUGUUAUUGCCUGGAAUUCCUGCUCAUUGUCCCCAAGAUUAUGUUAAUUCCACUCGAUUGGGGUCAACCGAAAUCUUCGCUUCUCCUCCUCUCACAACUCGUCUCCACAACGAGUACGAUGUCAAAAUUCAGUAGCGCCGGGGUUUUUAGUUUUUACCCAUUUCCUUCUCACACUGGCCGUUUGGAGAAUUAGGAGUUUUGUUACUACUUGUGUUUAAACUCGAUGAUAAUCAUAUGUGAUGGUUUAAUUGUGAGUGUGAGAUUGAAUAUUCUCCAAAAAGAGAAAAUAAGAAGAAAAGAAAAGUGCUUGAUUCAAUGUACUUUUCUACUUGAAAUCAA